GCUAAACAUUGGGUCACAUUACCUUGCUAAGGAGUCGAACCUCCCCAUUAUUGAAUCUUCACCACUUGUCACACUCAGACACACUUGAAACCACCACAGCUGCGUGUGAACGAAACGGGAUUCUUGGUGUGUGGAGAACAUGGUCCAAGGACUUUCACAGCAUCUCAGUGUUAUGAAUACAGGGAGCCCAGACAAAUGAAUGAACCCAAUGCAGCACUCUGGCAUUCCCUCAUCUUCAAAAACAAAGGGCAGAUAACCCAACUGAUGGGGAAAUUUUUCCUCUCUGAGUAACAGCCAGAGAGCAAUGUUGAUUUCCAGCGUACUUUGCGAUGGGGGUACCACUUCAAAAGGCUGCGUGCCUGCUCAACUGUCAGCAACUAUGAGCAACUGUACAAUUCGAAAUGGAUUCCCAUAUGGGCUCCCAACGUACCUACGCUGUCUCUCUCUCUCUCACUCACUCACUCACUCUCUCUUGCUCGCUCUCUCCCACUUGCCUCGUCAAAUGAAAUACAUGAACCAUCCCUACAUCCUCACGCGGGAGCCCCCAAGAACCACACCUUCCUCCAACAACGACAUUCCCCCUCACGCCUGUCAUCCUUCUGCUCAGAGGAGCCGCGAGCGCCUUUGCCUUACCUACUGAGCCUCAGUGUGCUAAAAUAUGCAAGGCAUGCUUUUCCUCUGCCCGAUGGGGCGGGAUACUUAGGGAAUUGGGUGAAGGCAUGAAAAAGCGUUGGCGGAUACUUUAAGAGAGUUCGCAGGGCGUAGUUAUUUCAUAUAUCCGUUCUAGCCGGGGGGGAAUUGGAGAUGGCUCCAUGUUGCUUCAACCAAUCUGAGCUAGGCACGCGGGGGCUUUUGUGAUUGGUGGGGGGGAUGGAUGAUUUGGGCGUCUAUUUGGCAGUUAAACGGACAUCAUCAAGAGGGCGGAAUAUCUGAUCCGGUUUGAUCACGAAGAGAGGGUUUUAUUUCUCUUUUGCAGAAGUCGGGUCGGAAAUAGGAGAUCAUAGAGAAGUUUCAGUUGGGAGUUAACCCCGACCGCGAGCGCUUGAUACAAUCCAUCACUUCGUAUCCGUGAAUUGCUCAUGGCCCCGUUUAUUCUGUAACUACUCCGCAUGUUGCUGUCAUCACCUUGGAAGCAUCUUGCAAAAGGCUAAAUAAAAGUCAUUAGCGCGGGGGUACACAGAACAAGCGGAAUGGAUUCCUGGGACAUUAAUUGCGGAUGACGAAAUCUGCCUGACUAGUUAUAUAAUAAUAAACAAUCGAUAUGUAAUGCAAUAUAUAAACCAGUUAUCCUCCUUUGAAUAAGUCCCUCCAAGUUCCUUUCCUUGCUCUCGAAAAUAUAAACAAAGGAAAUAUCUAUCUAAUUAGGGUUUCCAGUGACCUAACCCUAAUUCACUCCAACAUCACAUCGCAACCCCGCAACGCCAUCGAAGACUGAUAAGAGACACCAGCAAACUACCUGUCUGUCCAAAAUGACACGAAUCCUCCUCACAGGCGGAAGCGGUUUCAUCGCUGCUCAUGUCCUUGACACUCUGCUCCAGCGCGGCCACUCGGUGGUGACAACCGUACGCUCGGAAGAAAAGGCUCGUAAAAUCAGAAAUUUACAUCCAAAUGUUCCCAAGGAUAAACUGGAUUUUGCAAUUGUGGAAGACAUCGCGAAACUUGAUGCAUUUGACAAGGCUGUGAUUUCGGACCCGCCCUUUGAGACUGUUAUUCACACAGCUAGUCCGUUCCACUUUAGAGCAAGUGACAAUAAAGCCGAACUUCUCGAUCCGGCUAUCAAUGGCACUGUUGGAAUCCUCCGUGCCAUCAAGCGAAGUGCGCCAACGGUCAAGCAUGUAGUUAUUACAUCUUCCUUUGCUUCCAUCAUUGACGCCAAUAAGCCUCCUACCUACACAUAUUCGGAGGACGAUUGGAAUCCUAUCACGGAGGCAGAAGCGCUUCUUAGCCCUAUCCAUGGUUAUCGGGCAAGCAAAGCAUUCGCUGAAAAAGCCGCCUGGGAAUUUGUGGAAAAGGAGAAACCAACCUUCACCAUCGCAACGAUAAACCCCCCCGUCGUCCUCGGCCCCGUCGUCCACCCUCUGGACUCCCUCGCUGCGAUCAACACUUCCAAUGAACGCAUCCGCGACCUGAUCACAGGGACUGCGAAGAACUCAUGUCCACCAACCGGCACCUACCUCUGGGUCGACGUCCGCGACGUGGCUCUCGCGCACGUCCUCGCUGCCGAAAAACAGAAAGAAGCCGCCAGCCAGCGCUUCUUCGUCACAGCGGGCAACUUUUGCAACCGGCAAAUUGUCGAGAUCAUCUCUGAAGAAUUUCCAGAGUUAAGGGAGAAGUUGCCGGUGGGAGAUGCGUUGAAGCCUGGUGAGUUCCCAGCCGAGGGAUAUUUUGGGUAUAAUAAUGCGAAGUCAAGAGAGGUGUUGGGGUUGGAGUAUCGACCGUUGAGAGAGAGCGUGGUUGAUACGGCGAAGAGCCUUUUGGCGAUUCAGGGGUAGGGGCGUAACGGGAUUGUUUCCGUGUUUUAUGCAAAUCUUGCAGCAGAAGGUCAUGUGGUGUUUGGCAUUGUCAAAGGGGUAAAAUCCCUCCCAAGUAGUGAAAACUAUCCUCGAUAGAUAGAAUGAUCCAGAUCUCGCCCCUUCUUCAAAGGGGUGAUAUAAAUGCAUCUUGUUACAACUUCUGUUGCCCAGAAUUUUGCACACUCUUAUGUUGGAACAUCUGAUAUAUUAUAUUCGAUUUUCGUCGAGCGAUACACCAUAGUUAGUGGAGGUUCUUUUCUAGAACGACUUUGUCUUCUAAUUGUACAUGUACAGCGUACUUGUAUUAAUAAUUUGUUGUUACUGCUGUAGUUGCGGUACGUACUAGAGAACAAGCUAGCAAGAAGCAAAUGAAGAUUAGAACAGAGUAAUUCCGCGCCGAAGCCCAGCCCAGCCUAGUAGCGAACUUUAACGCGCGGGCUGCAUGGAACUAGAACCCCCCCCCCCCCUGUAAGAUAUACGCUGCGUAGAUAGGGUAGUUCCACUCCAGAACAUUUGACACAAAGAUACCUGGUAACUAGAGUGUCUGAAGGCGACUUAGUCUGUCGAUUCCUGUGGGGGAAAGUAAAUAGCCUCAUCAUCGCUCGGAUUUAUAGCUGGAAAAUCCCUUGCAUGAUUCGAGCUUUGAAAUCAUGACACUUGGAAGCAAUGCCAGCUAACGGAAUGAGCUUCAGAUUUGAUCCGUGGAUGGGGCAUGUCCCCUCCCCGUCAGGAGUUGAGGAAAGUCGUAUUUUUGCUUUCCUCGCCAGCGGCAAAGCCCAUCUUGCGCCAUGUGUCUCACUGCGCAGAGAGAUAAUGGAGAACGGAGUGACAUGAGGGUAGUCACGCAAGGGCGUAAGGCGUGUCUCACCUCCGAACGAGAAGAUGCUGAAUAUAUUGCUCAUUGCCAUUCAGGAUGGAAUUCUAGCCGCGCUCAAUUUCCCCAGAUGCCCACCGCCAUCCAUUUUCUGGUAGAUCUAUGAUAAGCGGAUAAAACCAUUUCCUAAUAUUUAGGAACUGGAAUAUUUAGGAACUGGAAUAUUUAGGAACUGGCCGCGAUCCUUCUGGUCCUUAGAGAACAUCUUGAUGAGGGAUUCUUUAUGCAUACAGAUAUUAUAUUUGUCGUUUAGUUCCUGCACGCAGUUGACUCGUUAUUACAUUUCAU